AGGUCCCAACGAGAUAAUACUACAAAACUCAUCGAUUGUAUUGAAAACCGAGCAGAAAGGAUUUUCAGUUUGAAUUGAAGGUAAGAAUUGAAGUGCUUCGGAAGUUGUUCAUUCGCAAGUUGUUUUUGUGUUGUACCAUACGAUUGGAUUUGUAUUGUGCUUCAUUCUUUCGAUCGGUUAAUGUCAAUCUUGUUUCUUUUACAAUUCGUGUCGAAUCGUAGAGUCGAUUCUUCUGGAUCAAGUUAUUUCCAAUUCUUUCUAUCGGAUUGGUAUACAUUUAUUGAUUUUGCAAGAAGAGCAUCGUUUGAAAACCAAGAAUAAGCGAAAUAUCUGAUUUUUAUUUAAUUACUGAUAUGAGCUCGCUUCAAAAGGCUCUAAAAGAAUCAAAGAAGGGUGACAGUGAGGGAAAUAAGCAGUCAAAGAAAGGCACGAAAACAUUCACACCUAUCAUAAGGACGGUUGAUGCUGAUUCAUCUUCCGAUGACGACUCUGCUUCGUCUGAUGAUUCGAGCGUGAACUCGGACAGAAAACAGAGAAAAAGAGAGAGCGAAGAAAUGAUAAAGAUUCGACAACAAGCUAUUAACUUGAUAAACUCCCCUAGCACAGGACCCAAUUCGGAAAAAUAUAAUUCCCCGUACCAACAGCAAUCUGCAGGACAGCGAUCGGCCGGUCAAAACCUCUAUACCUCCCCGUCUAUGGGAUCAUCACCACAGGUCGCUUCCUAUCAUUCCUCCAAUCCACAUUCUAUGCACAGUCCGAGUGCACAUCCACGGGCACGUACUGCGGAGGAUUUAUCAAUGAAAGACAUGUUCGUGAACUGCGUUUCGGAGGUUUGCAAGUCUUCCUCCUCGGAACUCCUCCACAAGGUCCUGAGCGCGGGCUACAAGAGCGUCAGUAAUUACAACGACCCACCAGUCAGCGGAACUUGGGGUGAUUCGAUAGAUACGUCUCAGCACGGCUACGGUAACGGGAACAGAAGAAACUGCGGCAAUGGUGGAGUAGGAAAUAUGCCUUCGAGGUAUCAAGAUUGAUUGCAACGAUAGAUAAAAACUGAUUGACAUA